AAAUUGAUCCAACGUCAAGCCUAGCCUUACAGAGCACAAGAAAAACUCACCAAACACGUCCAUCAACUAACAUCUUCUGGCCAAUACGGCUGUGAUGGCUUCCAGCUCAAUGCAACCCGGUACAACAGAAAACAAACCGAUUCUGACGCCAGUCAGGACCUUGGAGGGACAUCAAUCAUGGAAAUAUUCCUUGCAAGAUUCUGACGAGUUCAGCCAUAUUUCGUGCAUUUCCUAUUUUCCUGACGGCAAGCAAAUGAUCAGCAGAUCACGCGAUAAGACGAUUCGGCGAUGGGACUUGCGAGAGGGUAAGGAGAUUGAGGAGGCUCGGGAGGUUUGCGGGAAUGGUAUAGAUGCGGUUGGUGGUCGAUGGGUUGUCAGUGCUGGCUAUACCCUCGGACUCAAAGUCAGUGAGGUUGAGACGGGGAUCGUGAGAACAUUUUACAUUGGGUCGAUCAGAUACAUCGAUAUCUCUACGGACAGCGCGUUGGUAGCGGGUGGGUCAUACGAUGGGACAGCUCGGAUAUGGAGCUUGGACACAGGCAAACUCGUGGCUGGUCCAUUCAAAACAGGCGAUGGCCCAAUAACGUCAGUUCGACUCUCGGAAGACUCUCGGAAGCUGGCGGUGUCGUCUAAUUGGAGGCAGAACCUUCAGGUGUGGGAUGUUCAGGCACAGAAAUUGCUUGUACGAAAAUCUACUCCUACCAAGCCCUGGUCCGAAUUGCCGGUCUUCUGGACAACAAAAGACAAGUCCAUCGUAGCCGCAUCCAGCUUCACGGAUGAUUUCAUGGUCACAACGAUCUAUGAGUUUGACGCGUCGACGCUCGAAAUUGUUGGAGCUCCUUUCGAACACACUGAUGACAUCCGUAGUCUAGCACUUUCAUCUGAUUGUGUUCUUCUCGCCAUCUCGUCUGCUUACACCAUCGGGCUGUGGGCCUUCGAGUUCCGCCAGCUCCUCGCUUCAUUCGAUGUCUCGGGAUUUCCCAGGACCCUCGUCUUUUCGCCCGCUUCACGCCAACUAGCUUACACGACCUUGGGUGACGCUAAAAUCUAUAUAUGCAACAUUCCAGCCAACAUCCUUGCUAGCAUCGAGCUUAAAGAACCACAGCCCAAUGUGUGUAUCCCCCACAUACAUCCAUCAUUUAUAUGCUAAUAUCCUUACAGAACAAUAAAUCUGAACGUUCAUGCCAUGC